GUUGACAGGUGCGUGACAAUCGGAGCUCUCUGCAAGCAUGUACGCCAAAGGCAAGAGUAGCAACGUGCCGUCCGACAGCCAAGCCAGAGAAAAGUUAGCUCUGUAUGUGUACGAGUACCUGCUGCAUGUAGGAGCACAGAAGUCAGCACAGACCUUCCUCUCAGAGAUCCGAUGGGAGAAGAACAUCACAUUAGGAGAACCUCCGGGGUUCCUCCAUUCAUGGUGGUGUGUUUUCUGGGACCUGUACUGUGCGGCUCCAGAGAGAAGAGACACAUGUGAACACUCGAGUGAGGCCAAGGCCUUCCAUGACUACAGUGCUGCAGCAGCUCCCAGCCCCGUCCUUGGGAACCUUCCCCCAGGAGAGGGCAUGCCAGUGGGGCCAGUCCCUCCGGGAUUCUUUCAGCCGUUCAUGUCACCUCGAUACCCCGGAGGACCCAGACCACCUCUCAGAUUACCGAAUCAGGGACUUGGAGGAGUCCCAGGUAGUCAGCCUAUGUUGCCCAGUGGAAUGGACCCCACAAGACAGCAAGGACAUCCAAAUAUGGGAGGACCAAUGCAGCGGAUGACUCCACCCAGAGGCAUGGUACCGCUCGGGCCCCAGGGCUAUGGAGGUGGGAUGAGACCACCACUGAAUGCCCUGGUUGGUCCUGGGAUGCCCGGCAUGAACAUGGGACCUGGUGGGGGUAGACCCUGGCCAAAUCCUCCAAACUCCAAUUCGACCCCAUACUCUUCUGCAUCUCCAGGAAGUUAUGUGGGACCUCCAGGAGGAGGGGGGCCACCCGGCACUCCAAUAAUGCCGAGUCCAGCAGAUUCAACCAACUCUGGUGACAACAUGUACACUAUGAUAAACACAGUCCCUCCGGGGGGAAGCCGACCAAAUUUCCCUAUGGGUGCAGGUGGCGACGGUCCAUUAGGUGGCAUGGCUGGCAUGGAGCCCCAUCACAUGAAUGGAUCAUUAGGGUCAGGUGAUAUGGACAGUCUCCCCAAGAACUCUCCUGGUAACCUAAGUAUGAGUAACCAGCCCGGGACCCCCAGGGAGGAUGGAGAGAUGGGAGGAAACUUCCUUAACCCUUUUCAGAAUGAAAGUUAUUCUCCGAACAUGACAAUGAGCGUGUGAAGGCUCUGGACGCAGGUUUGGUUCAGUCGCCCAGUAACCUGGUGUGGAUCGGUGAAAAGCAGAGAGACAGGAUGUGAUGUCAUCUAGGCCAGUGACUUCACCACCUCCACCACCACCUGCCUAGUCAGGACAGUUGCCCCAGGCUCCGUCCUUCUCCUCCCCACCCCACCCACCCCACUCCUCCGUUGUUCCUGUCCACGUCUCUCUCUCCUGUUUCUUCUCCCGUUCUAAGUGGUGACUCUGCUACAUUCAUCAGUUCUUCCUCUGCAACUAUGAGACUGUACAAAGGAACCAAAUUGAAACAACCUGGAGGAGAACUCUUUGUAUAUUUGCAUACGGUGUGUAUGAGACUGUGCACACACUCCAGUCACAGACAGACGUGUCUGCCUUUGGCAUCAUAUUACAGAGUUCAUGCCCAAAAACAAACAGCCAGUAUCUUAUUUAUGCUAAAGUUUAAAUUUCCAAGGGUUUGAAAAAUAACAGAUACUUUUUGAUUGAUGCUCAAAUUUAAUCUAACUGGGUCUCACAAGGAACUUUUUUUUCUUUUCUUUACAAAUUAAUUUGUCCAUAACUGAAAGAGAAUUGGAGAGACAUCACAAUAUUACCAAUACGUUUAUCUGAGGCUUGUGCAGGUGUUUGUCUUUUCAACUUUUGUGGUUGUCUGAAUCUUUAAGACCACUAACAUUGUGUUUCAUGUUUUAUACUAUGGGCCGUUUCUUUUUU